UUUCCUCUCCACGCUUGUAUGUGUUGGAAAGGAAAAGCUAGACACCUCGUAGAAGUGUUCGAUGCCCCCAUUCAAAGUUAGACGAAACCCAGAUGAAAAGCUACACGAACGAGCUCUGUUUGGUUCUUUUCUUAUUUCGUGUUUUUUAUUUUUUUUUCUUUUAAUAUUGCUGACAAUCAGCCGACUCCCCACCGCUUGCGUCCCUCGACUGUACGUAGAAGAAUUGCCUGACACCUCCUUUCUGCUCCUCUUCCUCCUGGAUCGUCAGCAUGCCCACUAAACCCUGCUAAACCUCCCUCACAAAGCCAAAAAACUUCACAUUUCCCAUGGCUUCCCCGACCCCCGACUCCUCCCUAACCUUCACCGAUACCGACCUGGACGGCAUCGACCUCGACCCCUCCGACUUCGGCUCCUCCAUACCCCUCAAGAAGGUCCCCAACGGCGACGUAUUCGAGGCCUCUAGAGCCGGCGACAUCGACCGCCUCAAGUACCUCCUCGAGUUGGGCAUCAAUGUCAACGCGCGCGACCAAUGGGACUCCGUGGCUCUUUACUAUGCUUGCCUGGCGGGCCACCUCGACGCCGCCAGGAUGUUGCUGGAGAGCGGGGCGAUAUGCUCUGAGCACACUUUUGACGGGGACAGGUGCCACUAUGCAGCCCUUAAUUUGAAGGUGAGGAAGCUGUUGAAGGCCUUCGAGGCGAGGCCGCCGCCUCUAGGGCCUUUGCAGGCCUCGAUGAGAGAGAUUUUCAUGGGUUGUGGUGAGAAUAGAGCUUUCUUGGAGCAGGCAAAUAACCAGUCUCAGAUCUCAGCUCUGUCAUCCACUGGGGGAUCCAAUUCAUACCAUUUCCCUCCAGAUGUGGUAUUUUUUGUGCAAGGUAGACCCAUUGAAGCUCACAGAGUUAUCUUAAGUGCUCGGUCGUCAUAUUUUAAGAGGAAGUUUGAAACUGAUUGGAAAGACCGCAAGGAAGUGAGAUUUGCAAGGGAAAAGUUGUCUUAUACUGCUCUUUACAGUCUUAUCCACUUCUUUUAUUCUGACAGACUAGAGAUUGUAGUAGAUGACAUGGAGCAUCUUGUGAGAAUAUGCAAAGUAUGCAAAUGUGAAUCCUUACAAAGGAUUAUUGAGAAAGAACUUAUUCACCAGAAAUAUGCGGAAUACAAGGCACUGAGGGACAUAGACGAUUCUCAGAAACGCUUCAUAUUACAAGGCAUAUCCCUUCCUGAAGAAGAUCGUCUUCCUGCUUCCUUGCAUCGAAUCCUUCAAAUUGCCCUUGCCAACUCCACCCGGGAACAAAACCAAGACAAUAGUAUUGAGGAAUUAUCAUCUUAUGCUAGUGCAAUGCAGAUCAGUGAUUUCGUAGAUGAUCUUGCAGAUGUUAGUGUACAAGUUGAUAAAAAGAUAUUUCGUUGCCAUCAAGUGGUUUUGGCAUCAAGAUCAGAAUAUUUUAGAGCAAGAUUAUCUCGUAUGAAGGGCUUUCAUGAAGGAAAGGUGUCAUUACCUGUUGAUACCCUUCCGUGUCUUGAAGAACAUGAUCUGAGCACGGAAGCAUUUGAGAAAAUGAUAGAGUAUAUGUAUACUGAUGGUUUGAAGGAUAUAGACCCAGAUCAGGCUGAGGAAAUGUUUGAUGCUGCUUCUAGAUAUUUGUUAUUUCCGCUUAAGCGUGCUGUAGCUGAUGUGCUGUUGCCACACCUAGAAAUGAUCUCGCCUGCAGAGUUGUGCCAGUGGUUGAUAUUAUCAGACAUGUAUGGUGUUGUGAAGAUACGGGAGUACUGUCUAGACACUAUAGCAUGUAAUUUCGAGACAUUUGCCGAUACACAGGAAUUCCGAGCAAUGCUGUUGACGCUCCCGCCACCAUCAGGAGAUUCCUCACUCCGCACCACUGUUCCAAGUGCUCCAGGAGCAAUAAUCAAUGCGGAUCAAGCAAAUCUCCUUGAUGAUUUACGAGAGAAGUGGCUUGAAGCUGAAGCUGCUGAGCUUGACAAGAGAGAUGAGAGUGCAUUACUGUUUGACAAGCGCCUUGAGAUGCUUAUGCUUGUUGCUGAACAAGAAAAGUCUGAUGGGGCUCCUGCUGAUGAUUUUCAUGAUGGUCCUUGAUCACCUUUUUCCCCCCUGCCUCUUCCCCCAUGCCAAGGGCAAGAAGACAAAUUUUAGAUUUAUAGAUUUUUCCUUGAAGUAUAGAAGAAAAAAAGAAAACAUUUUUUGUUGUAGUGUCACAACCCCUCUAACUACAACUAGGACAAUAAAUGAAAAUGCCUCGAAGUGCUUUGGUGCGUUUUUUUGUUGCUUUAGUUACUCGAGCAUCCACGAACUUCUUACUGUGAUUGACUAAGUCUCUUAAAGGUCUAAUGGACUGAAUGAAAUUAAGUUCCUAUUUACCAUAAAACCAAUUGGUUCUUUCUUAUGUCUCUGUAUCUGUUUUUGCUUUAGAUGGGCACAACCUGUCGUAUCUAUCUUCCUAUUUUGAUUUGUAAUGGUGAUAAUUUACGGUCAUUUUCUGGUAAUGAAAUGACACGGUUAUUACAUUGAUCGCCAUCACUCUAUAUUGUAAAAUAGU